ACUCACGCCGCCGCGGGAUAAUUUUGGGACAGCCAACAGCCCGUGACAGCAUCGCCGCCCAACUCGACCUACCCGCUCACCAUCCUAGAUCGCCGGCUCCUUUCACCUCUGCCACGAACCUAGAAAUCCCAAACUCCUCGGCUCCAGCCCAUCAUCCUCACCACUCCCGACCCGACCUUUCCAUUUCGCCGACCCAACACCCGUCGCAAGCCGCAAAACCUUCCAAGACAUCCCGCACUCCACUCCGCACCCCAGCCGUCAUCGGAACCCGCCACCCACGCUGCUACGCCUCGAAUCUCGGAAUCAUCCUUUGCCAAAACAGAAGUCACCGAGGUCCCCCGCCAGCUGGCGAGCCGGCGCCACUCGGCGAGAAUGCUCAGGCUUCUCCGCGCCAUGACGCCCGCUGUCGUCCGGGCGGCACCGACUAUUUCUCAGCCCGCGGCCGUUCGACUACAGCAGGCGCGCGUUACACGAGGCAAGACUUUUAGGAAAGCGCUGUUCGGUGGUGUCGCCGUGUACAUCUCAUGGAAGAUACUAGACGAAGGUAUCCUGCAGCCCGGGCUGUCGCGGAUCCUCGAUGAGAUGGAAAAGCUAGACCCCAUCGACGACGAAAACGACGCCGACUACGAGGACUGGUUUGUCCCGCUUCCCAUGUUCGAGACCGUCCGUCAGCCGCCCUAUUCAAGAUCGAGCCCCGAGUGGGCCAGAUAUGUCGAGUUCAACAGGGAAUCGGCCGAAGCCAAGAUGGAGCGAGAGAAAGUGGCCAACCAUGUCAGGCAAUUAGUCUACCAGUCCGCCGCCAACACCAAAUGGGUCAGUUCCAGAUUUGGAAAGGUUCACCCGUGGUCGUCAUCGCAUUUCUUCCUGUCCACGCCUCCCCAUCCUCCGCCCAAGAUCCUACAGCUGGGAUGGGUGCCGUUUCCCUCGGAUGGCGGACCUUGGCUGCGGACGCGUCGGACGGACUACAGGUCGUGGCGCCGCACGAUGAGGACGUUCUGGCCUGUGCAUACCUUGCACGCCAGUGCAGCCUUCUUGCAGACGCUGUUCCAGGAUACGAUUACGGAAGGCCGCAGCGCCCUAGGAUAUCCACCAUCAUCGAGCCAGGAGAGUGCGCCCAUCAGGAUACCCGUCCUGCCCCGGCUCUCCACCCUCCGCCCGAGACCGCAAGAAGGCGACGGGGAUGAGGAGGAUGCCGGCAUCUCGAAAGGCCCCGGAGGCAGGAGAACGCCGCUCCCACCGAACCUCGGGCCAAAGCAGGGAUCUGGGUCAGACCCCACGCCCCGUGCGACAAGGGCACCGGCUGGUGGGACGCUGCCAGAAGCCGGUGCUGCUGGACUCGGUGGCAAACAGCAGGAGGACCAAGCGCAGCGGAGUCAGGAGCAAGGGCAGAACCAUGACGCCAACGAGGCCAAAAAAUCGCUGCUCCCGCUAUUCAAGCGCGUGACGCCACCAACUGAGAUGGUGGACAAGCAAAUGAGAGAUCGUGCGUGGACGUCGUUUGUGCAGGAGCUCACCCCCCGCUGGCAGCUGCCUCCCAACCUGCCCCCUACCGGCUGCGUCGAGAUCUCGGGCUUCGUCUACCUCAAAACAGACAACUGCCACCUACAGGUGGAUGUCACUGCCCACUAUGACCUCCUCAAAAAGAAGCUUGACGAGCAGUCGAUGCGACUGUACAUCAGACGAGUUGGGGCCAUACGAGCUCUGAGACGCUGAGUUUGUUGCGAGACGGUUCUCGUCGGCGCCAUCUCGACGCAUGCCUUUGCCGUGCCUUUACCCUGCUUGCGGACAUCUGCUGCCAUUUUGGCGCAGUGCCAAACCAGACGUCACCGCGGAACCUCCUGAGGCAACGACCAGUCCCGAAAUUCCCCUCACCCGGCGCUUUCCCCUUGCCCUUGUUCAUCCUUCGCGUCCUCCUCUUGAGUCGCGCAUCUCUCCUUUUGGGUCGUUCCUUGUACGUUUGUAAGGGCAAGUGAGCCCAUCCCAGGUUUGUUUCCUUGUUGUCACAUUGUAGGUGGGUUGGGACGGGGUCAUGAGCGAUACCAUAGAAGCGAUCUUUUUACUCUUUAAUUUGUUCUUUUUAAUUCCAGCCCUCGUUUCACCACCAUGAUAGAUAGGAAUGCGUACUCCUAGUAUUUUGAGUGUUAUUUUGGAUCAUAUUUGAUGCCCCUCCCCGGCUAAAGCACCUGGUGUCAC